AUGCUUCAAGGUCUGCUGAAAGAGCCCUCCCUGGGUUCGCCGUCACCGUCGCCGCCGCCUCCAAACCCCCUCAACGUCUCCCCAAUAUACCCCCAAAACGCCCUCAAUCAACCGAGCUUCGAGUCGAGCUGCAACCUCAUCUGCGACCACUUGGCCGGCUUCACGCGCUUGAGAAAUCUCCUCAGAGGACAAUCCCUCCACGCCCACGUCGUUAAAUCGGGCUUCGCCACAAUAGCUCUCGUCUGCAACCAUCUUAUUAACUUCUACUCCAAGCUCCAGCACCCGCACUCGUCAGAGCGAAUCUUCCACGAGACCCCCUUCAAGACGCCCACCACCUGGAGCUCCAUUAUUUCGUGCUUCUCCCAGAACGAACUCCCAUUCCACGGGCUCGGGUAUUUCAAGCUGAUGCGGAAGAACACAGGUAUGUUCCCGGACGACUACAUUUUGCCCUGCGUGAUCAAAUCGUGCGCGAUGAUCGACGAUCAUCGCCUGGGUCAGUCUGUGUACUGUUUGUCGUUGAAGAUUGGAUUCGGCGAGAGCGUGUACGUGGGGAGCUCUGUUGUCGAUAUGUACGCGAAAUGUGGGAUGUUGGGUGAUGCCCGGAACAUGUUCGAUACAAUGCCCGACAAAAACGUAGUGUCUUGGAGUGGGAUGAUAUAUGGGUAUGCGCAGAUGGGGGAGGACGAGGAGGCCCUGAGGCUCUUUAAAGAUGCGUUUUCUGAAGGUUUGGACGUGAACGAUUUUACGUACUCGAGCGUGAUUGGGGUCUGUGGGAACUCGACUCUUUUUGAGCUGGGCAAACAGCUGCAUGCUUUAUGCCUGAAAACAAACUACGACCGAACCAGCUUUGUGGGGAGUUCUUUGGUCUCCAUGUACUCGAAAAGCGGCAUGAUUGAGUGCUCUUAUAUAGUGUUUGACGAGGUUUCAGAUAAGAAUCUGGGCUUGUGGAAUUCCAUGUUGAUUGCUUGCGCUCAGCACGCACACACAGAGAAAGUGUUUGAACUUUUCAAAAAAAUGCAGAAAGCGGGCAUGAGGCCGAAUUUCAUCACGUUCCUCUGUAUGCUCUACGCGUGCAGCCAUGCGGGCCGGGUGAGUGAAGGGAAACGAUAUUUUGCUAUGAUGAAGGAUUUCAGCAUAGAGCCCGGAAGUCAACACUAUGGUUCAAUGGUUGACCUUCUUGCGCGAGCUGGCAAAUUGGAUGAAGCCCUAAAAGUAAUCAAUGAGAUGCCGAUGCAGCCAACAGAGUCCACAUGGGGAGCUUUACUGACCGGAUGCCAAAUUCAUAAAAAUACAGAACUGGCAGGCUCGGUGGCCGAUCGGGUCUUUGAAUCCGGGCCUGUGAGCCCGGGCCUUCACGUGCUGCUGUCCAAUGCUUAUGCGGCUGCCGGGAGGUACCAAGAAGCGGCUAAGGUGAGAAAAAUGCUCAAGGACCGUGGGCAGAAAAAGGAAACGGGCUUGAGCUGGGUCGAGGAGAAUAAUAGGGUCCACACGUUUUCCGCCGGUGAUAGAAAGCACGAAAUGAGUGACGAGAUUUAUAGAAAGCUGCAGGAAUUAGGAGAGGAUAUGGAGAAGGCUGGUUAUGUUGUGGAUAUGAGUUACGUGUCGAAAGAAAUUGACAACGAGGAAAAAAGGCAGGUGAUUAAGUUUCACAGUGAGCGACUGGCGAUCGCGUUCGCCUUGAUCACUUUUCCGGCUGGGAGGCCGAUUAGGGUUAUGAAGAACUUGCGUGUUUGUGGCGACUGUCAUGUCGCGAUAAAGUUUAUGUCCAAAUGCACGGGGAGGGUUAUAACGGUGAGGGACAAUACUCGGUUUCAUAGGUUUGAGAAUGGGGAGUGUUCUUGUGGCGAUUUUUGGUGA